UCGGUCCUCCUGGCAUUCUUAAGAACAAGGCAACGGAAACAACUAACCUUUUAGAACUGACGACAGGAAAUGCAAACAAAAGCAACGGUGACCAAGCAACCCUCGCUGAUGUGGGUGUUGUUCAGAAUCUUCUACCCGCAGAUAUUCUUCGCACACAUUAUGCGCCUCCUUGCAGACCUCCUACAGUUCGCCAACCCCAUCCUGCUCAGGGAGCUGAUUGCCUACAUCGAGACGACAGACCACAGGUACCGGUGGCAUGGCUGGCUUCUCGUUUGUGGGUUUUUCGGCGUGACCUUUCUGUACUCGAUGUUUUUCAACCAAAACUCUAUCGUUCUUACAACAUCUCCAUGAAGAUAAAAGCAGCCCUUACUGCUGCCGUCUACAGGAAGUCCUUGACGAUGAAUAAUGAAGCGAGAAGAGGUUCACUAGCGGGCUCAAUCGUCAACCUGAUGGCCGUCGACUGCCAGCGUAUUCAGGACGUGGCUACUAACUUCUGGAUUGUCCUAUCGGCACCUCUACAGAUCGGGGUGGCCUUCUACAUGCUGAACGAGACCCUGGGUGUGUCGUUUGUGGCCGGGGUGGCGGUCAUCGUGGCUCUCAUCCCUGUCAACGCGCGCAUCUCCGUCCUGGCGCGCCGCGCGCAGGCUGACCAGCUGAUCGUCAAGGAUGAGAGGGUCAAGCUGAUGAACGAGAUCCUCAGCGGUAUCAAAGUAUUGAAAAUGUACGCAUGGGAGCACUCUUUCGAGGAGAAGAUUAAAGAGCUUAGAGAGAAAGAAGUGAAACUUCUGAGAACUGGCGCCGUCCUCAACACCAUCAACAGUUUCUGCUGGAUUUGCUCCCCUGUUCUGGUUACCAUGGCAACGUUUAUCACCUACGUGCAACUGAACGCUCUGACCACAUUUGGAGCCCAGUGUGGCCUUCGUCUCGCUUUCUCUCUUGAACAUCCUUCGACAGCCAAUCAACAUGCUUCCCACCUUUGUGUCUGACAUUGUACAGGGACACGUUUCGAUUUGUCGCCUACCGAUUUCCUUGCAUGUGAAGAUAUGAGCUGUUCACAGGUGAUGGGCAGUCUCGACACGGGUUCCGCGGUUGAGAUGAACAACGCAAUGUUUACAUGGGACCGCGCCG